UAAUGGGGAAUCUGGCAGAAUGUUACAAUAAGAAGAAUAAACCCCGCCCCCUGUCUGUAAACUGAUUGGUUGUCUAGUGUGUUUGGGAUUGUUGUGAUGGGAGAACGGAGCCAUCUUGUUUUAUUUCUGUUCUUGGGUAUAUUGGUCAGGCUGGUAGUCUCAAAGGAGGUUCGCGGGUGUCAAAUUAUGUAGAUCGUUUGUACGAUAUGUGUUUAUAGUUGCAGUUCCAUUAUGGGCCACGUUUUUUUUUGUCGACGAGGAAAUAACAAAUAGCUAGAUCGAUCUUCGUUGCAAGUUGUUGACGAGGGUGUGCUAGUUCAUAUUCUCGGUUAUUUUCUUUCUGUGUGGGUGAACUACUAUGAAUGGAGGAUAAAUGUUGCCGAAGGCUGACAGCAGCAGUUUCGUCCUUGUCUUGUCUCUCCUGUUUGUUCUGACUUUAACGGAUCCACCACGGACAGGCCCUCGGCUAGCGUUGGCCAGGCUUCUGUCAGAGCAGCGUUGCAGCUCUGGGCAGUUUGCAUGCCGCAGUGGGAAGAUGCAGUGUAUCCCUCUGUCCUGGCAGUGUGAUGGCUGGACUGCUUGUGAUGACAAGAGCGAUGAGAUGGACUGCCCCCCCAUAAAAGAGGAGCGGUAUCGCUAUGGCAAUGGCUAUGACCAGGUGGAAGAUGUGAUGGGUGUGGCCCAGCCUGUGCGCUUCAACAAGAAGUGCCCAAGUGGCUGGCACCACUACGAGAAGACGGCCAGCUGUUACAAGGUGUACCUGCGCAAUGAGAACUACUGGCAGGCCGUGGACACCUGCCAGAAGGUCAACGGCUCGCUGGCCACGUUCGUCACCAACGAGGAGCUCCAGUUCAUCCUGAAGAUUGAGGUGGACUUCGACGAGAAGGUCUGCGAAAGGAGGGACCAGUGCAAGUUCUGGGUGGGCUACCAGUAUGUCAUCACUAAUCAGAACCACUCAAUUGAGGGACGCUGGGAGGUGGCCUACAAAGGUUCCAUGCAGGUGUUCCUGCCCCCAGAGGGUCUGACGAGUUUGGGGGAGGCAGUGCCCCCGCAGGACAACGUGUUCUGUGCGCAGCUGCAGCGCUUCCAGAUGAAGAGCAUGAACGAGCGGGGCCUGCACAGUUGGCACGCCGAGAACUGCUACAAGAAGUUCCCCUUCCUCUGCAAAAGGAGACAAACGUGUGUGGACAUCAAGGACAACGUGGUGACCGAGGGCUACUACUUCACGCCGAAGGGUGACGACCCGUGUCUGAGCUGCACGUGCCACGAUGGCGAGCCUGAGAUGUGUGUGGCGGCGCUGUGUGAGCGCCCGCAGGGAUGCCAGCACUUCCGAAAGGACCCCAAAGAGUGCUGCAAGUUCACCUGCCUGGAUCCAGAUGGCAGUAGUCUGUUUGACUCCAUGGCCAGUGGGAUGCGUCUGAUAGUCAGCUGUAUCUCUUCCUUCCUCAUCCUCUCCCUCCUGCUCUUCAUGGUGCACCGCCUCCGACAGAGACGCCGCGAGCGCAUCGAGACCCUCAUCGGAGGCAACCUUCAUCACUUUAACCUGGGCCGACGGGUCCCGGGCUUCGACUACGGUCCGGACGCUUUUGGGACGGGCCUCACACCCCUGCACCUCUCAGACGACGGCGAGGGAGGGGCCUUCCACUUCCAGGAGCCCCCCCCUCCCUACGCCGCCUACAAGUACCCUGACAUCCAGCACCCCGACGACCCCCCACCCCCAUACGAGGCCUCCAUCAACCCAGACAGCCUCCUCUAUGUGGACCUGGCGAGGAACGGCAUGCCGGUGGGCGUGGGUCAAAUGGGCGUAGCCGCGGGUGCCGGUGAGGUGUCUGUACCGCCCCCACUGUCGCCCCACCCACAGGAGCGCGAGGACUCCAUUGAUAGCAGCACCUUUCUGGUGGCCCCCGACACCCCCACAGAGAGAAUCGGCCCCGGGGGGGGCCAGGACACCCCAGACUGCAGCAGCGCCCCCUCUCUCAGCACAGUGGUAUAGACCUGCAGUGGGACAGAGAGAGAGAGAGAGAGAGAGAGAGAGAAGGGAAGGGAAGGGAAAGAAAAGGAGGGAGGGAGGAAGGGAGGAGUGGAGGAGGAGGAGGAGGAGAAGACAAACUUACUUUAAAGGCCUGAAAUCAGGGGAAAGGGGAUGAGAGGUGCUACUCUCUUUUCAUCCAGGAGAAGAAAGAAGAGUAGAAACAUGAGAGAGAUGAGAAAUGAGACAAAAGUCAAUGAGACCCUUUGAGAAAGAGAAGAAGCAUAACCCAGCAGAAGAGAAGGAGAAUCUCGCAUCUCGUCACACAAGAAUGAACUGAAACAGUGUGCCUCUGUGUUUGUGUGACAUGACGGGCGUGUUUCUGUACAGAACUGAGUGAGGCGUCACCAAGGUCUGACGCUACAGAGGCCGGCCAUGUAUUUGCUUUGUGGUGAGGCAGCUUGUACUUCCUGUUUUUGUUGUGGUAGGUCCCCCCCAGUGUCCUUCUCCGCAACCUGUAAAUAUGGGCCCCUUUCCUGCCUGUCUUCUGCACCUCGCUUCGUUUUGUGUUUGCUUUCUUGUUUUGUUUUUGUUUUGUUUUCUCCUCCCUGUCACAUGAUCUCCCACCUGUUGCUAACGGAGACAGGAUAGACAUAGUCGUAAGGACACGUUGGUAGUAAUGGCAACGUCGUCCGACACAAAGACGGACGGACUGUUUACCCCGGUGGGCAGCAGGUGUGACCUUUUGACCCUUUUCGUCUUCCCCUGUGUCUGCUCACUGGCCUCCUGAUGAGUUUGGCUGGCCUCAUUUGACUCCUUCAGACUCCCUGGGGUCAGCAGGCCAGCAUGAGGAUGUGGGGAAACUGGUGCAGGUCGUGUGUCGUGUUGCGUUGCAAUCGCGUUCGCCUCGCACUACAAACGAUCAUGGUACGGAUGACUCCAGACUGAGCCCCUUUAUAAUGCAGAGUCCCCCAAGACUGCUGUCUGAGUUUCUCCUUCUUCCUUUGUAUUGUCAUUCGUCUGGACUCUGGAGGUGGUAAAGUAAAAAUACUCUGUGAUGUGUGUGUGUCUGCCUGGUUACUCGGAGUCGUCGUGGUGAUGGCGAUGGUCGUGAUGUUCUCUCUCUGUGCCUCAGGACACACACACACACACACACACACACUUAUAUACUCACUAUAGUAAUAACACUCAUUACUAUGGAGACUCCGGUGCUCAUCAGAACCAUCCAAUAAGAGCUCUUGUGUGGACCGGCUUGUGUGAUUGGUUGGCUGUGUGUUUACAGCAGCAUCAGCUGGCAUAGGACUGUAGUAGACAGUGUAGACAGGUGUGUGAACGAGCGAGCCUGUGUGUUUAUGUGCAUUUGUUUGUUGUUGUUGUUGUAGUUUAUUUUUUAUUUUUGUAAGUUCUUCAUCAAACGUAUGACAUGCAGACAAUGACCUCUUCACCCAUCUUUGAAUUUGACUGUGUGUAUUUGACACAGCCUGUACGGCAAACAUGAAAAAGCUAUUAAUCUAUUGAUUUUCUUUUUUCUUUCUCUCUUUUCAGUAUUUUGCACAUGAGACUUUUUUUCUUUUUUUUCUGUGCAGUUUCUUUACUAUUUGCUCCAGACAAACACUGAUGGCUCUAUGAAUAGAGUCAAACUCCACACCUCUCUAAAGCCAUUGGCUCAGGAGUUUUAUGAUGGCUUAUGAUCUGCACGAGUUGGUUCAUUAAGCUGGUUUACUGAUGCCCCCCUCCAGCCCCCGCCAUGUCUAGUCUUUAAGUUCACCCGAGCGCUCUACCCCAGCGCUAGGCAGCUUUAGAGUAGGGAUGCCCCAGGUGUCAUGAGGGAGGCCAUGUCACGUUACAUAGCCCUAGAAUUGGACAUGACAAUCAUUUCAGGCUUGUAGAAGGACAACUGGGCUGCCAUAGUGAGGCCGAAAGAAGAAAGAAACUCUUAGUUUGGUUGGGGUGUUUUUAUUUAUUUAUUUUAGUUGACUGUAGAGGUGAUGGUACAGGUGAGGUUAGGGUGACACUGACAUAACAGCUGAGUUAAUGUCCACAGACACAGGCUUUAGCGUGUGUGUGUGUGUGUGUGUGUGUGUGUGUGUGUGUGUGAGAGAGUGAGAGGUUAAUGUCUACAGACACAUACAGGCUUUAGCUGGUGCGUGUGUGUGUUAGUGUUAGAGGGUGAGGUUAAUGUCUACAGACACAUACAGGCUUUUGUGGACACCCUGUUGUCUUUGGUGGACUGUCUGCAAAGCUCCUCUCCAUGUCAUUGUCGUUAUGUAUGAAAUGUCUAAUUUUUUCAUUUCUUUAGUUUCAUUUGCGUUGCGCACAGACAAUCCUCUGUGAAGCGCUAUGUUAAAAAAAAAAAAAAGAGAAUUUUUCUGUGUUUAUGUAAGGGGUUGGGGUCGAUGACAAACGUGUAAACAUUUUUGAGUGUGUGAACAUUUGUAUUUUACUUUGAUUCUUCUGUCCCUUCCCCAUGGUUUGGGCCUGAGGUGCAUGUUUUUGUGUUUUGGGCAUGCUCAGAAUCGUCUCUUUUUAACCCACUCUGUGCUGGAGCUCACGUCUGCUUGGGCCUCCAGCACUCUGACGCCUGACAGCAGGCUCCUGGAGACCCACCUCUGCACCCGUCCUCCCCCAACAACCCAUCCCCAGAGGAGGGGUCGGCUCUGGGCUGGAUUUUGGCUGGAUCUGCUCCCGAUCCGAUCUGGGGGAUCUGGCUGGUUCUGAUCCGAUCGGGGCGGGGAUGUGCCUAAUCCAGACCCAGAGCCUGACACUAACUGGGACCCCAUUCUACACCCUUUUGCGUCUGCAAGGAUUUUAUAAGUAGUUGAUUUUUAUUUGUUAUUGAUUACAGACUGUGGUGGUGCAACAAGAUUUUGAAGGGGUGGGGGAUUUGUAAAAAAAUAAAAUGUUUUAAUGUAGAAUGCAAGCAGUCAGUGACUUUUAAAUGUUGAUUUUACUUUAGGCGUUAUAUUUUUUAAUAGUAGAUUUUUCUGCUUUUUUGCAAGGGGCUUUUAAGUUUUAUUUUGAAGUAGAUGUACAUCUAAUCAAAUGCCAAAUAAAUUGUAUCAUAAAGAA